GACUGUCAGGAAGUGUUGAAGAGGCCUGAUCAUCCGUUCCGGUGCUCACAGUGUGCCACUGACUUCUCUUCUGUUUGGAAAUCAGAGAAGAAUGAGAAAAGUGGAGAACCACAAGUGAUGUGUGAGCAAUGCAUGACAACCACUGUGAAGAAAGCACUCAAGGCAGAGCACACCAACCGUCUCAAGUCUGCAUUUGUCAAGGCCCUUCAGCAGGAGCAGGAAAUUGAGCAGAGGAUGGCAAGGAGUAACUCCCCCCUUACUCCACCCCCAGCCCAAUGCAUGCCUCCAUCACCUGCUCCACCCCCUCCACCACCUCCACCUCCUAAGGUGGAAAAACCCCCUCCUCAGGUUCCUCAGAUGCCCAAGAUUUCUGAUCCCAAGUUCUUCAGCAGUCACAUGCUGAAUGCGGCUGCUGCUGCUCAGGCACACCAGCAACUAUUAAGAAGCAUCCCUCACUCCCCACAUCAACCACUCCCUGCUCAUCUCCUGUCACCUUUCAACCCUUUGCUUUAUCCAUAUCAACUAGCAGCUCUAGCUGCUGCUGGCGCAGGGAAAUCAUCAGCCGUUGAGCUGCAGCGGCAGACGGCAGAGCUGCAGCGGCAGGCAGCUGAGCUCCAACGCCAGUAUCUCUUGGAUAUGAUUCCACCAAGCACAUUCACUCAUGGUCUCAAGGGUUGGAAGCACUGAUCAUUUCAUAAUCUGGUUUUGUUCUAAAUUUUUCUUGCUCAUUCUUCCUCAUGUUAAAAGCUGCAACUGUCUUGUAUGAUCACAUUGUAAAUGUUGGGAUUCAAUUGAAUACACUGGAAGGUGAGAGGUUGU